CGAUUGAUCGCGCGCCGUUUUCCAGGAGACGUCGACAAUCGAUGCUGCCAAAACCCCAUGUGCCAGCAAUGGACGCCCAAGCUUUGAGAAUGCCUCAUCCCACACAAAUAAAACCAAUCUCCCCCCUUGCCAUCCCACAACAUGUUUCCCAUUUCCUUGUCCCAUCAUUAUCAUCACCAACCUCACCACCAACGCCGUCAUCAUCACCACCGCAUCGCCCCCAACUGAAUUUUCCAAAACCGCCUUGACGACGCAGCACAGUAUUACAGGUUGCCUGCCGCCAACUUUUGUUUGCAGAUCCUACAACUGACGCCAAAAGUCACUUGAGCGCCUGACAAGUCAUCAUCCCACCCAUUGUUGUCAUCAACACGACCUUCCAGACUUCAUCACCCGUCCGGCUAGACAAAAACUGUCACAGACUGAACCUUGCUGCCGACGUGCAACUUUUUUUUUUCUUUCUCGGACUGGAGUAGUGCAACCAUCAACAUCGUCAUCUCCAAUCGGUCGCUCUGCCUUCCAGAUCUACAGACGUCCACGCAUCCUUCUUUGAUAAAAGCCGUCAUGGCCCCAUCAAAUAAGACUGCGGCCUCGACGGCUGGAAAGGAACGACGCAAAUCCGACAAGAUAGAGCAGACCAGGCCUGGACUGGUUACAUUAAUCGUCCCCGCAGAAAAGCUCCGUGCCAUUCUCGACCCGACACCGUCGGCGCCCCCAUCAGUCAAAGAAGACACACCAGCCAAAGACUCCCCGGCCCCGUCAACCACAGAUGCUGUCGCGCCAGCGGAAACCGCGCCUGGCUCUGCACCAGAUACCCCCAAUGCAAACGGCUCCUCCACACCAGCGCCACCUUCAGUCAUGGGUCCACCAACCGAAGCUCCCAAGAAGAAGGGCAAGAGGGCCAAUGGAAAUGGUGUUGACGUCCCUGUCAAGAUUAGGGGCAAACCGGGACCCAAGAAGAAGGCCAGGCUUGAUGAUGGUUCUCUUGAACCCGGUCGAGCUGGUGGACUAGGGCACAAACUCGGUCCCAAGGCAAACCAGGGUGCCAUCAACGCCGGACUGCGCGCUCUUGAUCGCUCCGGCAAGCCAUGUCGGAAGUGGAGCAAAGGUGGUUUUCAGCUCAAGAGUUUUACCGGCGUUACAUGGGCCCUGCCCCGUUGGACCGCACCACCCAGACCCAAACCUGAAGAGGUUACCUCUAACCCUGAACCACAAACGGACUCUGCUCCAGCCUCUGCCGGCGGCAAUGGCAGCAACAAGGAGAACGGUGCCGAACCCACGCCUGACUCUGCAACUAAUGGCACGACCACCCUCAAGCAAGAGAACGGAGUCUCAAACAGCGACAAGGCCAACAGUAACAGUGGAGGUGACGUCGAGAUGCAAAACGCACCUAGUUUGGAGGAUAACUCUCCAGUCCCCCAACCCAUCGCCGCCAACUAAUUGUGCCUGUGACGGAGGCCGUCUUUUGCUUCAACCUUUGGAACGCUUACCUUUAGAUGUAACACCACUAGCUCUUGUGGGCUUCAUUUCUUACUUUUAUGUUCACGCACACUGGAUAGACGCUAUGGUUGGCGCUUAGCAAAGUAACGGUUCAGCGUUACUGGAUAUGGAGUUUUACGGAGUUCGGAAUUGAUUUUGUCUUGCCUUGCUCGCUGCCGUUUGUUAGCUGGGGAUAUGUAUAAUACGAAGAAUAAAAGAAAGACAUAAUCGCUUGCCGGGACAUCUUUUCAAUCUUCUUCCUGGCCCGGCUGUGUUACCUGAAGCAUCUUGACACUUUUUUGCACUCCACUCCAAUGACUUCUGGCCAAUUUUUCCAAGGGAUAUUUCCCCAC